AUGUCUACAGCCGCGCGCAAAACGUUCGGCGAUGUCGUUCGCAAUUUCUCGCCCGCUUGGUUCGCCGUCAACAUGGGCACAGGCGCGAUCAGCAUCCUUUUCCAUGCCUGGCCAUACGGCACGGGUGGCAGCGCGCUCAAUUUCUUCACGUUGAUCUUCUUUGGCCUCAACAUCGUUCUCUUCUUGACGUUCUGCAUGAUCUCUGCCAUUCGGUACUUCCGUUACCCAGGGCUAUGGACGAUCAUGGUCCAUCAUCCAGUGCAAAGCCUGUUUCUCGGGACGUUCCCUAUGGGCGCGGCCACCAUACUCAACAUCGCUGUCAACACCGUCAAUGAGACCUACGGCGUCGGUGGCAAGGGCCUGCUCUACUUCCUCUGGGCAUGCUGGUGGGCCGACGUAUUCACAUCCAUCGCAUGUUGCUUCCUAAUGAUACACGUCAUGACCAUACAACACACGCAUUCCCUCGACAAGAUGACUGCCGUUUGGCUACUGCCCGUCGUGACCGUCAUUGUCGCGUCCGCUUCAGGCGGGGUCAUUGCUCCAUCGCUCUACAAGUAUUCUGCAUCCCACGCACUCAUCACAAUUACGCUGUCUGCUGUCCUCGUCACCAUCGGUAUCACACUCGCACUCAUGAUGCUCACGAUCUAUCUCCUACGCCUCAUCGUGCAUGGUCUUCCCCCUACGGCGACCAUCAUAUCCGUUUUCCUUCCACUUGGUCCCACAGGCCAGGCCGGCUUUUCCAUCAUACUCAUCGGCCAAUGCUUCAGACAGUUUCUACCUGUCUACAGCGGAGAUUCAAUGCUGCUACGUGGCAUGCCGACGGGAGAAUCGAUCGAAGUCGUUUGCACCUCUAUCUGCUUCGUGCUCUGGUCGAUGUGCACGAUGUGGGUUAUCUUCGCGUUUCUCAGCAUCCAAAACGUCAUCCGCAAGACGCCCAUCCCUUUCAAAGUACCCUUCUGGGGCCUUAUUUUCCCGAACGGUGUCUACGCCAACACGACCAUCACGCUCGGCGUCGCGCUCGACUCGGGCUUCUUCAAGAUCUGGGGCUGCAUCUACGCCGCCAUGACCCUCUGCAUGUGGCUCUACGUCGCCUGGCGCUCCAUCGGCCUCGUCCACACCCGCGAGAUCUUCGAGGCGCCCUGCCUCGAGGCCGUCGACGUUGAGAAGCUCCGCCGCCGGGGCAUCCGCAUCUCGUACGGCCGCCACAUGGACGGGCAGGGCCUCCCCGCCUCCGCCCCCGAGUCCUCUGGCGCGUACCCCGAGGAGAAGGUGCCCGACGCGUACCGCUCGCCGUACAGCUCGGGCUGCUCGCAGGUCGGCCUCCCGCACCACUCGGAGAUCCGCCUCCCGCCGCUUGAUUUGCCGUUCCCGGCCGCGGCGGCGGGUGGCGAGGAUAAGGACCUGAAGAAGAGCCCGAGGGAUGUGAGGGUGGAGGAUGCGUCGGCGAGCAGGCGCAGCUCGAGGGUGGCAGAUAUUGUGUCCAUUCGGCGCACGGAUUCGCGGCAUGAGAGCGAGGUGUGGGGGAAUGGCGUCGACUCGCCCAAAAGCCCGGCGCCACCGCUGCCGCCCCUCUCGUUGCACGGGCGGGACGCGCAUGUACAGCUGUCCUCAGACGGAACGCGCGUACCGUCGGCGGCGAACGAGCACGUCGCAUUUCCUGCGCCUCAUCCCGAUUACGUGUCUCCUAGGGCUCAGCCUCACUAUCAGCUGCACUCGCAAAUGGUGUCACCCGUCUCUCACCCCGUGUCGCCCGUCGCCCUGCAUAACUCUUCCAUCUCCCACCACGUAUCGCCCGUCUCGCACCACAUCUCGCCCUACGAACUUCAGAUGCCGCUCCCGACGUCGCCCACACGCUCCGCCCCACUGUCGCCCACGCAUGCUAAUCCGCUGUCGCCACGUCGCAGCGGGGAACGGGUGCACAACUGGCGCGCCAGGUAUAGAGACAAUAACCCGUAUCACUGA